CUCUUACAGGCCUUCUGUGGCUCAUCAUGUCCUACUUUUAUGGAUCACUAUGGUCUAUAUGGGACUUGACUCCAAGUGAGGCCAUCCUCAGGCCACGAGAUUAUCCACUGCACUGUGUCUCACAGUUAUACAACCGCCGUUGUAUGUCCGCAGUCUCUGGUCAUCUCCUGUACUGUGUCUGCAGUCUCUGGUCAUCUCCUGUACUGUGUCCGCAGUCUCUGGUCAUCUCCUGUACUGUGUCCGCAUUUGUUCAU